AUGGCUUGCCCGGCUUUCUCCAUCCUGCUCCGCCCGGCCAUCUUCCCCAGGUCCUCCGCCCUGCCGCGCGUCGCCGUGGCCCAGGCCUCCCUUGCCGUCGCAGCGUCGGCGCCGGCGCCUGCGAUGAGCUUGGGGUUCGAGAGGCUGAAGGAGACCUUCAUGGUGGACGUCGCCAGGGCCGAGGGGCGGCCCCUGAACGUCCCCCUGGUGGCGCCCUUCACUAUCGCGUCCUCGCGGCUGGAGGCGGUGGGGAACGUGGCGGUGCGCGUGGAGCUCCGCAACGGCUGCGUGGGGUGGGGGGAGGCCCCCGUGCUGCCGUCCGUCACCGCCGAGGACCAGCCCGCGGCGUUGGCCGCUGCCGCCGAAGCCUGCGCUGCCCUAAUGGGGGCACAGCCCGCGCCACUCGACCAUGCGCUCGAGCAGAUCGCCGGGAUACUUCCCGGCCACCGCUUCGCGUCAGUGAGUCAACUGGGCGAAUUUAUUGGGUUUUUCUCUGAAUUCUUCGACCGUAGCCCAUCCAUAGACUGCAAUUUCAGAGCAUUCUUUUGACUUAUUGCCUCGAGAAAAAAAUAAAAAAUAAACUCAGGGCUUGAGCAUUCAUGAAAAUUUUCAUUUAAGGAAGUGAUAGUACUUCACGGGGGGCCUGGGUACUUCCUAGAGACUAAUUAUAGUAAAACCUUCCAGCUUCGGGUUUCAGCUAGUCGACAGUACCUGUGUCUGAUUUUUGCAAUAUUCUAGAAUUAGUAGGAGUAAAGAUGUUGCAAUCUUGGGGUUUGAUGAUCAUCAGGGAUCGAUAUAGUUUUGAGUAUACCGGAUAUGGAAAUACUGAAGACUCGUCAAAUUUUUUAAGAACUCCUUUUUAUUUGAAUUCAUUCUUGUAUAUAAUUUAUAACCCCAUUUAUUUAUAUAAAUCUGUACUAAUUUCUGUUGUUUUUCUGCCAAAUGAAGGUCAGGGCCGGAGUGGAGAUGGCGCUUAUCGAUGCAAUCGCCAACAGCAUCUCUGUUCCGCUUUGGAGACUAUUUGGCGGCGUAUCAAACUCCAUAAGAACAGAUAUUACAGCUCGGUUCCAACUUAAAAAGACCCAGCAAGCUAUAUUUAGAGAAACGAAACGUUUUAUAGAUCUCCUAAUGUUCUCUUUUAUUCUGCAUAUCUCGAUGAACUAUAUACAGAAAAAAUAAAUUCUCUUAGAUUCUGAUCUCAUGACGUUUUCUGUUCUUCUAUAGAUUCUGAUGAACUAAAUAUAGAAGAGAAAAAUUAUUUUAUAGAUCCAUAUUAUUCUCUGUUUUAAUCCAGAUUCCGAUGAACAAUACUCAGAAAAAAAUCUUAUUUAAAUGUUCUAACAUCCUCUCAUUAUUCUUUCUUCUUUUGAUUCCACAGGAAAACAAAUAUCUCAUCUACAAUUCUCCUAACAUUCUCUGUUCUUCCGCAGAUUCCAAUGGUUUCUCCAAAUGAAGCUGCUGAGCUAGCAUCAAGCUACCGGGGACAAGGAUUUAGUACAAUUAAGCUUAAGGUGGGGAAGGACGUAGACACUGAUAUUGAGGUUCUAAGGGCUGUACAGGCCUCUCACCCUCACUGUUCAUUGAUAUUGGAUGCAAAUGAAGGGUAUACAGUCUCUGAAGCAAUUGGCGUCCUCGAGAGAUUGCAUGGUGCUAACUUAUAUCGAAGUGAUUUGUAAAUAUAAAUUAUGAAAGAUAUCUGAAUUCAUUUUUUUUUAUUUCAGAAAUGGGGGUCGUGCCAGCUUUGUUCGAGCAGCCAGUGGAGAAGGAUGAUUGGGAGGGCCUUGGUCACGUCAGUCAUCUAGCUAAGAGCAAAUAUGGAAUCUCUGUUGCGGCAGAUGAGAGUUGCAGGAGCUUAGAUGAUGCAUACAGGAUCGUAAAGGGCAAGCUUGCCCAUGUGGUCAACAUUAAAUUAGCUAAAUUGGGGGUUGUAGGUUCUCUCGAGGUGAUUGAGGUGGUGAGACGAGCUGGGCUGGGUCUCAUGAUCGGCGGAAUGGUUGAAACCAGGCUUGCCAUGGGUUUUGCCGGCCAUCUGGCUGCAGGCCUUGGUUGCUUCGGGUAGUUAUUUGUUUUGUUUUUUGUUUCUAUUGUAAUCGCCGUCACAUUGUUUCAGUCACAGACUAAAAUUCUCAGAUUUUGUUUUUGGCCUAAUGCCUAAACCCUGGGUCUGUUUAAAAUCUAAUGCAGGUCUUUCGAUCUAGACACACCUCUUCUGUUGUCAGAGGAUCCAGUUAUUGGAGGCUAUGAAGGUGGGACUCCUCCAAAAUCCUAAUUUUUUAAUUUAAAUAUUAAGUAUUUAAUUUUUCAAUUUUUUUCUUCUUUUUGGAUGGCUUUAUUACCAUUCAAUUUUCAUAUUUCUUGAUUUUUUUUUUCUUCUCCUUUAGUUUCUGGUGCCCUCUACAAGUUCAGAAAUCCAAGAGGUCACGGUGGAUUCCUUCACUGGGACAAUAUUCAUUGGUGA